AAGCUGCCUUUGGGCUCUGCCACCAUGCCUGCCGACUACAAUGGGACCUGGGAGAUGGUGACAAAUGACAACUUCGAAGGCUACAUGGUUGCUUUAGGUAUUGAUUUUGCAACUCGUAAGAUUGCGAAACACUUGAAACAAACAAAGGAGAUUGUUCAAAAUGGAGACAAUUUUAAAACCAAAACACUCAGCACUUUCAGAAACUAUGAUGUGGAUUACACUGUGGGAGUGGAGUUUGAGGAGCACACCAAAGGACUGGAUAACAGAGUGGUGAAGUCCCUGGUGACCUGGGAUGGUGACAAACUGGUCUGUGUUCAGAAAGGUGAAAAGAGCAACAGGGGCUGGAAGCACUGGAUUGAAGGAGACAUCCUGCAUCUGGAACUGACAUGUGAAGACCAGGUGUGUCAUCAGACGUUUAAGAAGAAGAACUAA